AUGUCUGGAGCCGCCCAGCACCAUCAGUUUGCAUCCGCCUCUGCCUCCGCCUCUGCCUCAUCCUCGUCCCGUUCGCCCCCGAACGCGCGCACGCCGCCGUCCACCGACGACCGCGACCUCCUCGACCACGACCACGAGAACAACCACGGGAGUGACCACGAUACUGCCGCCCAGGGCCACGCCCUCGACCCUGGCCCUCUUGGCCAAGACUUGAGCGCCCCAUUGUCCUUCAAGCGCAGGUCCAAGCAGCCUGCGCCGGCUGGCCCAUCACGCUUCUUCUCGUCCCUCGCAGGCUCGCCCUCGGCCCCUCGACCAGACGCCUCGUCUCCUCAGCGGCACCAGCGCGGUGGAAACAUUUCCGUCACCACAGCUUCACCGCCGAGAGCCGGCUCCAAAGAUGGAGGGUCCCACGACUGGUACGCCGAAGGCCCCGGCCGACGAGUCGCCUACGAGGACAUGACGGCCAUUGACUGGAUCUUCGAGUACACCAAAGAACGGCAGCGAAUGCGUGUGCUGUCGUCCAACGCCAGCGGAAUCACGGGCUGCCUCCAGCACCUCGUUGACGCCAGUCAAGUCUGGCUCGUACUGGUCCUGACCGGUCUGCUCGUCGGCGCAGUUGCCGCGGGAAUCAACGUAUCGAGCGACUGGCUUGGAGACCUGAAGCUGGGCUUCUGUUCCAGCGGCCCCGAGCGCGGCCGUUUCUAUCUCAACAAGAACUUUUGCUGUUACGGCUAUGAUCAAGGCUCCAAGUGUGCUGGAUGGAAGAAUUGGAGCGAGGCUCUCGGUGUGCGUGCUGCCGGGGGAAGAUGGGUUGUGGAGUACAUUUUCUAUCUCCUCUUUUCUACAACACUAGCAUAUUGUGCUGCGCUUCUCGUGCAGGAAUACGCCAUGUAUGCCAAGCAUAGCGGUAUCCCCGAGCUCAAGACAGUCCUGGGUGGCUUUGUCAUGAGAAGAUUCCUGGGAACUUGGACGUUGAUCACGAAAUCCAUUGGUCUGGUUCUUGCUGUAUCGUCUGGCAUGUGGCUCGGAAAGGAGGGACCUCUGCAACUCUCGUACUACUUUCCGGACAAGACCAUGUGGCAGAGCUUUGUAUGUGCCAUGACCGCGGCUGUCUGUUUGCAGGCCUUUGAUCCGUUCCGGUCGGGCAAGCUCGUCCUGUAUCAGACCAAGUACAGCGUGGAUUGGCACGGCUUUGAAAUCGUCCCUUACGCCAUUCUGGGCGUCUUUGGAGGCGUCUACGGGGGUCUAUUCAUUCGCACCAACAUGGCCGUUGCGCGUUGGAGGAAGACGCAGAGCUGGCUUCCUGGGCCGGUUUUUCAAGUCCUUGCUGUGGCCCUCCUCACAGCUCUCAUCAACUAUCCCAAUUUUUACAUGAAAGUCCAGUCUACAGAACUCGUCUCGAGCUUGUUCUCCGAGUGCUCCCGUGUCCUUGACGACCCCAUCGGCCUUUGUAGGACGGGCACAGCGUCGGCAGGGACCGUCGUGCUGCUCAUUUUUGCUGCGGUAUUGGGCUUCUUUCUCGCGAGCAUCACCUUUGGCCUCCAAAUCCCCGCCGGCAUCAUCCUUCCAUCCAUGGCAAUUGGCGCACUGACCGGCCGCGCCGUGGGCAUCGUCAUGGAGAUGUGGGCUCACAACCACCCCGAGUUCUUCGUCUUCGCCUCCUGCGCACCAGACCUCCCCUGCAUCACCCCGGGAACCUACGCCAUCAUCGGCGCAUCUGCCGCCCUGGCCGGCGUGACUCGAAUGACCGUCUCCAUUGUCGUCAUCAUGUUUGAGCUCACCGGCGCCCUGACCUACGUCCUGCCCAUCAUGGUAGCCGUCAUGACGUCCAAAUGGGUGGGCGACGCCUUCUCUCGCCGCGGCAUCUACGAGUCGUGGAUCCAUUUCAACGAGUAUCCGCUCCUGGACAACUCCGAAGAAAUGACCAUCCCCGACAUCCCCGCAUCCCAGAUCAUGACCCGGAUCGAGGAUCUGAACGUCCUCACCGCCACCGGCCACACAAUCGCCUCCCUCAACACCAUCCUCCGGGCGCACGCCCACCGCGGGUUCCCCGUCAUCUCGGACCCCCGCGAGGCCAUCCUGCUGGGAUACAUUUCUCGCGCAGAGCUGAGCUACAACAUCCGCACUGCGACGCAGGCGCCGCGUUCCUUGCCCGCGGAGACGGAAGUCUUCUUUUCGCACCAGCCGCUCGCCGACCCCCGCACGACACUUGAUCUUCGUCCGUGGAUGGACCAGACCCCCCUGACGCUUCCGUCCCGCACGAACCUGCAUCUUGCGGUGACGUACUUUCAGAAGCUCGGUCUUCGGUACGUGCUCUUUGCUGAUCGGGGGGUCCUGCAGGGUAUUCUCACCAAAAAGGACGUCUGGUACGUCCUCAACGGGGCAGACGAGACGAGGAGGACGGGGACCGCGCCGGCAGGGAACACACGGGCCGGCGGUCCGGGCGGCAUCCAACGUGCGCAGGAGAGCGGCGAGGACCACGGGUUGCUGAGGGUCGAGGACGCAGAUGAUGCGGCGAGUAUAUUGUAG